AUGUCAAGAAGUGAAGAGGGCCCCAGUCACAGAGUCGCCACCGAGGACUCAGCAGCCUCCCCAUCGAGCCCCCUCGAUUCCCGACGCUCCGUUCCCUCCCCUCCCCUAUCCCUCUUCUCCCGCCACCGCCUUCCGCAGGCCGUUUCCACUGAGGAAAAGGAAUCGUAUCGUACGUCCGCUCUCCAGAACCUCCACUCUUUCGACCCCUUUGCUGGUGCAAGUAAGGGUGAUGACCUGCUUCCUGCUGGGACCGAGGAUUGUAUCCAUAUAAGAAUUCAACAGAGAAAUGGGAGGAAGACCCUCACUACUGUCCAGGGGAUCGCUGAUGAUUACGAUAAAAAGAAACUAGCGAAGGCAUUCAAGAAGAAAUUUGCCUGCAAUGGUACUGUAAUUGAGUAUCCAGAAUAUGGUGAAGUAAUUCAGCUACAGGGUGACCAGCGCAAGAACACAUGCCAGUUCCUCCUCGAGAUUGGACUGGCUAAGGACGACCAGCUGAAGGUUCAUGGGUUUUAAGUGCUGGUGGCUCACUGAAGCUUAAGUGAGGAUUUCCUUGCAAUAAGUAGAAAAAUUCCCUUCUGUCCUUUGUCACAAGUUUAAAAACCUCACAGCUUGUCUAAUGUAACCAUUUGGGGUUUAACUUGGACCAGUGUAACUCAUUCCUGUAAUAAACUGAAAAGAGCCAUUCUGUCUAGUCUUGCAGUCCCUCAUUUAAAAAGAGGUCAAUUAGCCUGUCAGUGCUCAGCCUGAAACUCAAAUAAUCUGAUAUUUCAGCCAAGUCCAAAACCCGAGUAGUAUCUGAGACCAUGUCUGUCCAGAGGCUCCUUGGGUGCG